AUGAAACCCAGCACAGAGCGUCGGGCAUCGGCCCCGCCAAGGAAGCGGACGCAAGAUGGUGCCCGCGAAGCUGGAAGCAUGGAAAUUCCUGGACCAUCCGGACUGCUGCGUAUUAAUCUACGAGCCCAUCCGGAGCACAAUACCAAGAAAAUCUGGCGGGAACUAAACAUGCCAACGGAUUGUGAUUUUCUAGGAUCGAAUGUUUUCAGCCUGCCGGAGAAACUUUUGCGCCACAACACAAAGAUGCGUCCGUCACCUUUAGCACGCCCAAAGCCGGAUCGUAAUGCGGAUAAAAAGAAGAUUCGUUCAUAUACUGCACUGCGCAAGGAUCGAGAGGAUUUCCGCCGGCGACUGGUGCGUUUGAUCGUACGUAAAGAGCACGAAAAGGACGAUCCUGAAAAUACUUUUCCGAAUGUAGAGGAGCGCGAGAUGUUGCGAUAUUAUCACUACAUUCGCCACGGUAUCGACACGGUUCACGUAUCUCCUAUUGAUAAGCGAGUUCUUCAGCGUGUGCUACGCCUAAUACCGAAGAAUCUGAGUCGUUGGAAGCAGCCACUUCGUGACAUUAUUGGAGAAAUUAAGGAAGAUUAUUCGUUCGCUGUUCGGAAGGCGGUAGUUGACUUCGUGUUGGGUGACGCGAUGACAAAGUAUGCCAAAAGGGAAGAAAUUACGCCAGGACGUUUGGAGAUUAAGGAACUGCGACUCAAGUGGAAGCACCGAUACGACGAGAACCAGGCUAGGAUUAAGCGGAAUCUGUUCUCGAUCAAUGCCUGUUCGGAGCAGAUUCUGGAGCUUUGGGAUACUACUUUCAAGAAGAUGUUGCUGGUAAACGUUAAGGAAUUGGAGGCGAAGGGAGAAGCGUACGAUUUGACGGAGUUUACGUCCACCGUGAACCAACAAAUCGAAGAAACUAGACUUACACUCUCGGACAAAUGGUACGGUGCGAUAAAGACGAUAUUCCAAAAAGGCAUCAAGAAGAAACUCAUUCCGGAUGAUUCAAAGCCGAAAAUGCUGAAGAAGUUCUUCAACUCUCUGGCCACACUGAUGACGAGACAGUUGCAGAAUUUGUGCAUCAGUAGCAUUGAAUCGUACACCCAUUAUAUCUGCGAUGUUGGGCGCACAAACCAAGGAUUUAGACUGACAAUUCUGUUGGAAAAUCAGGACACUCUAUCGUUCAUUCCAAGCUUUCCAAGGUUUCAGAUAGAGAUCCUGAAAAUUAUCGAUAAUAUUGUAAAGUCGGUUAAAAGCUUCCCACGGAUUGAGCGUCAAAUUUACCCCGAUUUGCAAUGUCCGCAUGAAACGUUGAGGCCUGAAAUUCCACCCGAAGUAAUCAACGUGUGUAAGGAGAAGAUCCACGACGUUCUCGAGGAGCAACGCAUAGGACCGGAGCUGCGGAUGCAAGAUUUCGACAACUAUAUGACGCUAAUAAACGGUUCCGACAUCGACGAUAUAGAGAGGUUCAUGGAGAAACGUCCCAGCUUCGAGGAGUACUGCAAGUACAUACAGCGAUACAAAAAGAUGGAGAAUGAUGUUGCUCGCGAAAUCUACGGUGUUGUAUCGAUGGGUUUCUACGAGUUUCAUCGCGAAGGAUUAAUUGAUACGCUCGAAGGACUGGCCAAGUUUAUGCAGCAAGAGUUAAUUGCAAAAAUGACAGCAGAUCAGCAAAGUGGUGCUCACCAGUUGGCGAUCGAGUAUGAGGCGAUCUCCACCAAAAUUAUCACCAUACCGAAGGAUACGGUGGAGCUGAUGACACUGAAAGCGUACGCGAUCAAGAUGGAAGAGACAACGAUCCCGGAGAUGGAGGAACGGCUCAAGAAAAACCUGCAUCAUUUGCUGUAUCUUACUGACUACACUAUAUUUACGCCACUGGAGAUCAAGCAAAACAAUAACACCUUCCAGUGGUACAUGAAGAUGCCCACGAUCUUCCAAGAUCACAAAAACAUUAUAGCGGAAAAGGUGAUUGAGUAUCAGGAUGCACUGAAGCGGCGUAUCGAGAGCUUCCGGCGUGAUUUGGAGCUGUUCUGGCACCAGGUGAAGGAGUACGAUUCUUGGGGUGACAUUAAGAACCUGCAGAAGUACAAGAAGAAGGCUACAGCGCUAGACAACAAACUAGUCGCGGCGAUGGACAAGAUUGAUCACAUUAAUGAAGAGGAGACGGCAUACGGUUGGGAACUGUCGCAGUAUCCGACUAGAAAACAGUGCCACGACAAGCUUGCACCGUACAAACAGCUUUACGAUGCCGGGCAGGAGUUUAUGGACAAGCACGAUCUGUGGAUGCAUUCGCAGGUUGGUUCACACGAUCCUGAGCAGAUAGACGAUACGGUGGGAUCGCUCUAUCGGACGGUUUACAAGCUCGAGAAGCAUUUUUCCGAUUCUUAUCAAACGCAGCGCUUGGCACAUGAUAUCAAAACUCGAAUCGAUCAAUUUAAAACGCAUAUGCCGAUCGUUCAGACGCUGGGCAAUCCAGGCAUGAAGGAACGUCACUGGGAGCAAGUGUCUGAAAUCAUAGGCUUCCCGAUACGCAUUUCCGCCGAGCUAACGUUGGAGCGUGUGAUCGACUAUGGACUGGACGACUAUAUACAGCGCUUCGAAACGAUCUCCGAAAGCGCUACGAAGGAAAACAAUCUAGAGAAGGCAAUGAUUAAGAUGGUGAACGAGUGGAGUGAUAUGGCGUUCGUGGUGCUCCCGUACCGCGAUACUGGUACCUACAUCCUAUCCGCAAUAGACGACAUCCAGGUACUGUUGGACGAUCAUAUCAUCAAGACGCAAACGAUGAAAAGUUCGCUGUACAUUAAACCAUUUGAAAAGGAUAUAAUAGCGUGGGAAAAGAAGCUGAUGCUGCUGCAAGAUAUACUCGAUGAUUGGCUGAAGGUGCAGGCGACCUGGAUGUACUUGGAGCCGAUCUUUUCGAGCCCGGACAUUCAAUCGCAGAUGCCGGAAGAGGGUCGCCGGUUCAGUGCGGUCGACAAGAUCUGGAAGGAUCUGAUGAAGUCGGUACAGGCCGAUACAAAGGUUUUGGUGGUGCUGGAAAUAGACAAAAUGUCGGAGAAAUUGAAGAAAUCUUACGGCCUGCUGGAAAUCAUCCAGAAGGGUCUGAACGAAUAUCUGGAAAAGAAACGGCUUUACUUCCCCCGUUUUUUCUUCCUGUCGAACGACGAGCUGCUUGAGAUACUGUCGGAAACGAAAGAUCCGACCCGUGUCCAACCGCACCUGAAGAAGUGUUUCGAGGGCAUUGCAUCGCUCAACUUUACCGAGGCGCUUGACAUUACGAUUAUGCGGUCGAAUGAGGGUGAAGAGGUGGAUCUAAUUGAGGAGGUGUCCACGAGCAAGGCUAAGGGACAGGUGGAAAAGUGGUUGCUCGAUUUGGAGCAUUCGAUGAAGAAGAGCAUUCACCUGAAGGUGGGCAAAUCGUACGAGGCGUACACGGAGACGGAACGUCACAAGUGGGUGCUGAUGUGGCCUGGCCAGUGCAUACAGUGCAUUUCGUGUGCAUUCUGGACGCUCGAGACGACCAUGUGCUUCGAUAGUGAAGAUCCGUUGGAAGCAUUGGAGGAAUAUUUGGAGACUUGCAAGGUGCAAAUUUCCUUUAUCGUGGACUUGGUCCGCGGCAAGUUGGCGAUGCAGAACCGACUUACGCUGGGUGCUUUGGUUGUGUUGGAUGUGCACGCGCGUGAUGUGCUGCUGGAUAUGAUUGAAAAGAAAACGACUCAGGUGGAUGACUUCAAUUGGCUGGCGCAAUUUCGGUACUACUUCGAGGAUCAAAAUUUGGCCACCAGGAUGAUUAAUUCGACACUCAUGUAUGGAUAUGAAUAUUUGGGCAAUACGGCACGUUUGGUGAUUACGCCUCUGACGGAUCGCUGCUUUAGAACUCUUUUCGGAGCACUCCAUCUCCAUCUGGGAGGAGCACCCGAAGGUCCCGCCGGGACAGGUAAAACGGAGACGACGAAAGAUUUAGCAAAGGCAGUUGCGAAGCAGUGCGUCGUGUUUAACUGCUCCGAUGGGUUGGACUAUAUUGCGUUGGGGAAAUUUUUCAAAGGUCUUGCAUCGUGUGGUGCCUGGUCCUGCUUUGAUGAGUUUAAUCGUAUCGAUCUGGAAGUGCUCUCCGUGGUGGCUCAGCAAAUUUUAACCAUCCAGCGUGGUAUUAACUCCGGUUCCCCGACGAUGGUGUUCGAGGGCACGACACUGAACCUCGAUCCGAGCUGUGCCGUGUUCAUUACUAUGAACCCGGGCUAUGCCGGUCGAUCUGAGCUUCCGGACAAUUUGAAAGCGCUGUUCCGUUCGGUUGCGAUGAUGGUACCGGACUAUGUGCUCAUCUCGGAAAUUGAACUGUACGCGUACGGAUUUUUGAAUGCCAAACCGCUUGCGGUAAAGAUCGUCGCCACGUAUCGGCUAUGCUCGGAGCAGCUAAGCUCGCAGCCUCACUACGAUUACGGUAUGCGGGCGGUGAAAUCGGUACUGAAGGCGGCCGGUGCCCUGAAGCUACGCUACCCGGACGAAUCGGAAGACAUAUUGGUUCUGCGGUCGAUCAAGGAUGUAAAUUUAGCCAAAUUCCUCAACCAAGAUGUGCCCUUAUUCCAGGGCAUCAUAUCGGAUCUCUUCCCGGGCGUGGUACUUCCGAAGCCGGACUACGCAGUGUUCGAUACAGCUGUGCAGAAGGCGUGCGAGAAGCACAACAAGCAGUUUACGCCGUUCUUCCUAGAGAAGGUGCAGCAACUGUACGAGAUGAUCGUAGUACGACACGGGCUGAUGAUUGUUGGUCCUCCGCUCGGCGGGAAAACGACCGCUUAUCGUAUUCUAGCCGAAGCGUUGGCAACUAUUGAAGAGUUGGGCGAAAUGGGUGAACAUCGGGCCCAGUAUACGGUGAUGAAUCCGAAGGCGAUUACGAUGGGUCAACUAUAUGGACAGUUUGAUCCGAUAUCGCACGAGUGGAGCGAUGGUAUAUUGGCGGUAAGCUAUCGGCAUUAUGCGCAAAGUACAAGUACUGAUCGCAAGUGGCUCAUUUUUGAUGGUCCGGUCGAUGCGAUCUGGAUUGAGAACAUGAACACUGUGCUGGACGAUAACAAGAAGCUAUGUCUGAUGUCUGGCGAAAUCAUACAGCUCUCGUCUACGACGAACUUGAUCUUUGAGGUGAUGGAUCUGGAUGCCGCCUCGCCCGCAACGGUGUCCCGCUGUGGUAUGAUCUACAUGGAACCGUCCUCGUUGGGCUGGGAGCCGGUGUUGGAGUCGUGGAAGAAUACGCUUCCACCAGCUCUACACUCGAUGAACAAGCAGGUCAUUACGCAAAUGUUCCACCGCUUCUGUCCGAUGUUACUGUGGUUUGUGCGUCGAGGUGGUGGGCUGCGUGAGAUGAUGCCGACCAGCGACUCGAACCUGGUGUUGUCGGUGAUGCAUCUGUUCGAUUGCUUUAUGGACGAUUAUCGGAACGAGGCGUACAUGAAGGCCGUCUCGGAGGUGGACGUGCGGGCGCAGCUAGAGGGUGUGUUCUUCUUUUCCUGCAUUUGGGCUAUUGGCGGCCCGCUCGAGACCGACAGUCGGGCCAAGUUCAGCGAGCUCUUCCGUGCACUGACCGAGAAAGUGUUUCCACCGGAGCUGAACGAGAAGUUCCGCAUACCGGAGCAUCUGCAGGUGCAGCCACUUUCGAAGCCAUUCAUCUUCCAGAUCCCGAAGGGCGGAACCGUGUUCGACUAUCGCUUCACCAAGGAGGGCAAGGGUAAAUGGCGCCCGUGGGCCGAGGAGAUCAGCCAGAGCACCAGCAUCCAGCGGGACGUGCCGGUGAAUCAGGUGAUCGUACCCACGAUCGAAACGAUACGCAUCGGUGCACUGCUGGAGUUGCUGGUGCAGCACGGCAAGUGUCUCCUGCUCGUCGGACCUACCGGAACCGGGAAGAGUGUGUACACGAUCGACUUUCUGUUGAAGCGCAACGAUACCAACAUCUUCAAACCGUUGCUGAUCAGCUUCUCGGCGCAGACUACCGCAAACCAGGUGCAGGAUAUCAUCAUGUCGAAGCUGGACAAACGUCGGAAGGGUGUGUUUGGACCACCGCUAGGAAAGAAGUGUGUCGUGUUUAUCGACGACGUGUCGAUGCCGCUGAAGGAAACGUACGGUGCGCAGCCACCGAUCGAGAUUGUGCGCAUGUGGCUGGAUCACUGUCUGUGGUAUGAUCGGAAGGACGUGACGGCGAUGAAGCUGGUCGAUCUGCAGCUGAUGUGCGCGAUGGGACCGCCGAGCACAGGCAACACGGUAUCGCCCCGAUUCUCGCAGCACUUCAACUCGAUCGCGAUGGAUGAGUUCGACGAUCAGACACUGAUCGGCAUCUUCAGCAAGAUUGUGCUGUGGCAUCUUGAUACACGGGGUUUCUCGAAAGAGUUUGACCCGUGCAUCGAUGAGAUCGUCCUAUCGACGCUCCAGAUUUAUCGUCAGGCGCGCGCCAUCCUGCUACCGACACCGGCCAAAUGCCACUAUCUGUUUAAUUUGCGUGACUUUUCGCGCGUCAUACAGGGCGUGCUGUUGUCCGUCCCGGAAGGGACGGAAACGCUGAACAGUAUGCGACGACUGUGGGCACACGAGAUACUGCGGGUGUAUGGAGACCGGCUGGUGGAUGAUAGUGAUCGGGAAUGGUUGUUCGAAGAGCUCUGUACCGUGAUCCGGGAAUACAUGAAGGAGGAUCCGAAAGAUCUGUUUGAUCGGUUUGUCGAGGGUAAUGAACUUACGGAGACUUCGCUGCGGGCGCUGAUGUUUUGUGACUUCACGAAUCCCAAAGCGGACACAAAGCUUUACCUGGAGGUGAUGGACAUCGAGGAGUUGAGCUUCGUCGUGGAAUCGUACCUGGUAGAGUACAACAACAUGUCGAAGAAACCGAUGUCUCUGGUACUGUUCCGGUUUGCGAUAGAACAUUUGUCACGUAUCUGUCGGAUAAUCAAACAACCUCGCAGUCACGCAUUGCUUGUUGGCGUUGGAGGUUCUGGAAGGCAGUCACUGGCCCGUAUAGCGUCCCACAUUUGUUCGUACGAGCUGUAUCAGGUUGAGAUAUCCCGACAGUACGGUAUGACAGAAUGGCGUGAAGAUAUGAAGAAUCUGCUGAAGAAAGUAUGCGGCUCUGAUCAGCACAUCUGCUUCCUCUUUACGGACACGCAGAUAAAGGAGGAAGGCUUUCUGGAAGAUAUAAAUAACUUGCUGAAUUCGGGCGAGAUUCCUAAUCUCUUUACCAACGAGGAAAAGUCGGAGAUUAUUGAGAAGAUGCGUCAAAUGGAUCGGCAGAAGGAGAAGAGUCAACAGACCGAUGGAAGUUUGGUGGCGCUUUUCAAUCUUUUCGUUACGAUCAUACGUGAUCAGCUCCAUAUUGUGCUGUCGAUGUCACCGAUUGGGGAUGCUUUCCGGAAUCGUGUUCGAAAGUUUCCUUCAGUGGUUAACUGCUGCACAAUCGAUUGGUUCCAACCGUGGCCUAAGGAUGCCUUAACAGCAGUAGCGACCAAAUUUUUAUCCACGGUAGAAAUGACGGAUAUGGAGCGUCAGUGUUGCAUCGAUAUGUGUAUGGAGUUUCACACAAGCACCCAGAUGCUGUCGGAAGAAUUCUUGUUGCGCUUGAAACGCUACAACUACGUUACACCAACUUCCUACCUGGAGAUGAUUCAUACCUUCAAGACUUUGCUUGACAAAAAGCGCACUGAGGUAUUGACAGGCAAGAACCGAUACCUGACCGGUCUGAAGCAACUCGAGAUAGCUGCCCAGCAGAUUGGUGUGAUGCAGGAACAACUCGAAGCUGUUCAACCACAAAUGAAGAUCGCUGCCGAAACAGUGGCCCAACAGAUGGCGAAAGUUCAGGCUGAUAGUGAGGUAGCCGCAGAGCAGAAGCAGAUGGUCGAAAAGGAUGAAGCUGCCGCUCAGGAACAGGCGGCUGCUGCCAACGCCAUCAAGGAGGUUUGUGAUGCUAAGCUGGCAGACGCGAUGCCUAUUUUGGAUGCAGCCAUGGAAGCCCUGAACACUCUAACACCGGCGGAUAUAACGAUCGUGAAAACAAUGAAAAGUCCUCCGAUUGGUGUGAAAGUUGUGAUGGAAGCAAUUUGCAUAUUGAAGGAUCUAAAGCCAGACCGUGUACAGAAUCCGUCCGGUAUGGGUAUGGUGGAGGACUAUUGGGGUCCCUCGAAACGUGUCCUGGGUGACAUAAAGUUCAUGGAUGGUUUGUUAAAUUUCGAAAAGGAUGAUAUUCCACCGAAAGUGAUACAGAAACUGGAAGAGCGUGUCUUUACCAAUGAAAACUUCGAUCCGGAAAAAGUGAAGCUUGCAUCAACGGCAGCUGAAGGAUUGUGCAAAUGGGUCAUAGCAAUUGCGAAGUACGACAAAGUGGCGAAGGAGAUUGCACCCAAGAAGGCAGCACUGGCGGAAGCUCAAGCUAGUUACAAUUCCGCUAUGACGAUACUGAAUGCAAAGUUGGAGCAAUUGCGUAUCGUUGAGGAGAAUCUCGCAGAUCUACAACGCAAACUGGACGAACAGAUUGCUCAGCACGCAAAGCUGCAAGCAAACGUAGAGCUAUGCAUGAAGAAGUUGGAACGUGCGACGGAGAUCAUUACCGGUCUAGGUGGUGAAAAGGAUCGUUGGCAAACGGCAGCAGAUACACUGGCUCAAAUCUACGACACACUCACCGGCGACGUUCUGAUUGCAUCCGGUAUUGUCGCAUAUCUGGGACCCUUCACGAUGCAGUUCCGGGCACAACAGAUUGCCCAGUGGAUCGAACGGUGUACGGAUCGUGGGAUUAUCUGUUCCCAGGACUUCCAGCUCGUAAAUGUGUUGGGUAAUCCGGUGGAUAUCCGGGCAUGGAAUAUCUUCGGUUUGCCAAGUGAUGCUUUUUCGAUCGAGAGUGCUAUCAUCAUUCAUAACGCCCGCCGUUGGCCUCUUAUGAUCGAUCCACAAGGGCAGGCCAACAAAUGGGUACGCAAUAUGGAGAAAGCCAACCGGAUUUGUAUUAUCCGCCUCACACAGCCUGACUAUACACGCGUGCUGGAGAACGCGAUACAAUUUGGGCUGCCCGUUCUACUGGAGAACGUUGGUGAAGAGAUCGAACCUAUGCUGGAACCGAUUCUGUUGAAACAAAUCUUCCGACAAGGUGGUACGAUGUGCAUCAAGCUGGGCGAUUCAAUAAUUGAGUACAACGAUUCCUUCAAAUUCUACAUCACAACAAAGCUACGCAGUCCUCACUAUCUACCAGAGAUAGCGGUGAAGGUCACCCUGCUAAACUUUAUGAUAACCCAGACCGGACUGCAAGAUCAGCUACUCUCCAUAACGGUCGCUCGCGAAAGGCCCGAUCUCGAGACGGAGAAAAACUCGCUCAUCAUACAGGGUGCGGAGAACAAGCGGCAACUGCAAGAGAUCGAAGACAAGAUCCUGCAGGUCCUCUCGUCCGAGGGCAACAUUCUCGAGGAUGAAACCGCUGUAUCGGUCCUAAGCUCGUCGAAAACGCUGGCCAACGAGAUUAACGAGAAGCAAAUCAUUGCCGAGGCGACCGAACGUCAGAUCGAUAUGGCCCGUCUGCAGUACACACCGAUCGCCGCCCACUCGACGGUGCUGUUUUUCACGAUUGCCGACUUGGCCUGCAUCGAUCCGAUGUAUCAGUACAGUCUCACCUGGUUCGUAAACCUCUUUACCGCGGCUAUCGACAAUACCGAGAAGGUGGAUGAGGUGCCGGCCCGCUUGGAGGAUCUUAGGACCUAUUUUACGUACAGCCUGUAUGAGAAUAUCUGCCGCAGUUUGUUCGAGAAGGACAAGAUACUGUUUUCGCUGCUGCUGGCCACCAAUUUGCAGCAGGACUCUGGACAACUGGGCACUGCCGAGCUGAUGUUUUUGCUUACUGGUGGCGUUGGGUUGGAUAAUCCCGAUCCCAAUCCGGCAGGAGGAUGGUUGCCGGAUAAAAACUGGGACGAACUUUGUCGGCUGACGUUAUCGUUUGAGGAGUUUGGGCCACUGAAGGAGCACGUGAGCAACAAUUUGGAGAGUUGGAAGCAAUACUUUGACGACGAUACACCCCAUGAAGCUACCAUACCGGAGCCUUGGAAUACGAAGCUUUCGGCGUUUCAGAAGCUGCUAGUACUUCGAUGCUUCCGAGCAGAUAAGUUAGUUCCUGCGAUCGAGUUGUAUGUGGCAGAAACAAUGGAACCAAAGUACGUAGAACCUCCGGCGUUCAAUUUGGCUGCAUCGUACGACGAAUCGAACUGCUGUGUGCCACUAAUAUUUGUGCUAACACCCGGUACCGAUCCGACGGCAACACUGAUCAAAUUUGCCGACUCCCAGGGACUGGGAGCGAACCGACUAUUUUCCCUGUCACUCGGUCAGGGUCAGGGUCCGAUCGCAACCAAAAUGAUCGACGAGGGUACUAAGUUUGGCAAUUGGGUUCUGCUACAAAACUGUCAUCUCGCCCAAAGCUGGAUGCCAACGCUGGAGAAGAUCUGCGAAAGCUUCCAGCCGGACACGACGCAUCCCGACUUUCGUCUCUGGCUCACCUCCUACCCGACGGAACACUUCCCGGUGGUGGUGCUGCAGAACGGGAUCAAGAUUACGAACGAACCGCCGAAGGGUUUGCGGAUGAAUGUAACGCGAUCUUUUAUGAGUGAUCCGAUCUCGAACGUGGAAUGGUUUGAGGCUUGCAAACAGCCAGCAAAUUUCAAAAAGCUACUGUUUAGCCUUUGCUUCUUCCAUGGAAUUGUGCAGGAGCGGCGUCAGUUUGGUCCGAUCGGUUGGAACAUUCCGUACGAGUUUAACGAGACCGAUUUGAGCAUAAGUUUGACGCAGUUGCGCAUGUUUUUGGAUGAGUACGAGGAGGUCCCGUAUGUAGCACUUCGCUACCUGACGGGCGAGUGUAAUUAUGGCGGCCGGGUGACGGAUGAUUGGGAUCGUCGUUGUUUGAAUACGAUACUGGCGAAGUUCUACACGGCGGAGGUGUUGGAGGACGAGAGUUACAUCUUUGAUGAGGUGGGACUGUAUCCGGUUCCGGAGUUGAAGGAGCAUGAGGAGUUUGUGGCGUUUAUACGGGACUUGCCGGUCAUUGCUAGGCCCGGUGUGUUUGGACUGCACGAGAAUGCCGACAUUAUUAAGGAUCAAAAGGAAACGGAUACACUUUUGGCUAGCGCCUUAAAAACACAGAACACAUCAACCGGUGUGUUUAAGGAAACACCUGCCGAGCUUGUGAUUCGCGUAUCCUCGGACAUCUUGAAGCGUCUACCGCCCGAGUUUGAUCGGGAUGCCGCGCUGGAGAAGUAUCCUACCGAUUACCACCAGAGUAUGAACACAGUUCUGGUGCAAGAAAUGGUACGCUUCAACAAUCUACUCACCUGCAUCCGGAGCAGCCUGCAAACUGCCCGCAAAGCAAUGCAAGGUCUCGUCGCCAUGUCCCCAACGGUGGAAGAAGUCGUCGGUGCGGUACUGAUCGGCAAGAUUCCCUCCGUCUGGGCGAAACGAUCCUACCCGAGCCUGAAACCGCUCGGCUCGUACAUUGUGGACUUUAUCGCUCGAUUGGAGUUCCUCCAAAAAUGGUACGACGAGGGUCCACCGGCCACAUUCUGGGUGUCGGGCUUUUUCUUCACCCAAGCCUUCUUAACCGGUGCACAGCAGAACUACGCCCGCAAGUACGUCAUACCGAUCGAUCUGCUCGUGUUUGAUAACGAGGUGUUGCGGGACACGGAAAUCACGGAACCACCGGAAGAUGGAGUAUAUGUGUAUGGGUUGUUUCUGGAAGGUACACGUUGGGACCGGGAAAAGGGCUAUUUGCAGGAAUCGAUCCCGCGCGUUCUGUUCGAUACGGUGCCUUAUAUUCUACUGAAACCGAUGACGAAAGACGAAUUUGUACCGAAGCACACGUACCGGUGUCCGGUGUACAAGACGGCCGAACGGCGCGGUACACUUUCGACCACCGGUCACAGCACGAACUUUGUCAUUGCGUUGCUGCUGAACUGCGAUCCGAACGUGAAACCGGAACACUGGGUUAUGCGUGGUGCUGCUAUGCUGUGUCAGCUGAGUCACUAACC